AUGGACCCUCUCCACAACCACACCGGAGAUUUCAGUGGAACUAACGGGACCGACGGGUCCGGUGACGGCUUCAACCAGUUCGUGCAGCCGGUGUGGCGGAUCUCACUGUGGGCCGUGUUGUACUGCAGCAUCGUGGCCGUGUCUGUGGUCGGGAACAUGGUGGUCAUCUGGAUCAUUCUGGCGCACAAACGCAUGAGGACCGUCACCAAUUACUUUCUGGUGAACCUGGCGUUUGCCGAAGCCGCCAUGUCGGCCUUCAACACGGUGAUCAACUUCACCUACGCCGUCCACAACGAGUGGUACUUCGGUCUGGUGUACUGCCGCUUCCACAACUUCUUCCCCAUCGCAGCCAUAUUCGCCAGCAUUUACUCCAUGACGGCCAUCGCUCUGGACAGAUACAUGGCAAUCAUCCACCCGCUGCAGCAGAGGCUGACCUCCACAGAGACCCGGGUGGUGAUGGUGGUGGUCUGGAUGCUGGCUCUGCUGCUGGCCUUCCCUCAGUACUACUUCUCCUCCACCACGGUGCUGCCGGGACGCACCGUCUGCUACAUCGACUGGCCCGAAUACACCACCGUGGACUUCAAGAAGAUAUACUACGUGUGUGUGACCCUGCUGAUCUACUUCCUGCCCCUCGGCAUCAUGGGAUGCGCCUACACCAUCGUGGGCUUCACCCUCUGGGCGAGCGAGAUUCCCGGAGACUCUUCUGACCACUACAAAGAACAGCUGACCGCCAAACGCAAGGUGGUGAAGAUGAUGAUCGUGGUGGUGUGUACGUUCGCUCUCUGCUGGCUGCCGUAUCACAUCUACUUCCUGCUCCACCAGUUCUUCCCCGACCUGUUCGAGCAGCGCUACAUCCAGCAGGUGUACCUGGCCGUCAUGUGGCUCGCCAUGAGCUCCACCAUGUACAACCCCAUCAUCUACUACUGCCUCAACAGCAGGUUCAGAGCAGGUUUCCAGCAGGUGUUCUGUUGCUGUGCUCCGACCGUCGCCAAGGAGGCGCUGGAGCUCAAGUCACCUCGAUACCUGCAAACACAGGUGAGCAUAUACCGAGCCAGUCGGAUGGAGACCGUCGUCUCCACCGCCGUCCACCCUUCAGCGGCGGAGCAAAAGAGGGCGGAGCUGCCGUCCUGCAGCCCUCACAGCCGGCCUCGAGUAGAGGUCACGUCCAACGGCUCGGGCUCGGAGACGUUAACCAAGAGCCCCGGUAACCCCCCACAGUAG